UUUGUUUUUUUUGUUUGUUGUUUUUGUGUUUUUUGACCAGACUGCACAGUUUUCUUAAAUGCAAGGUCACUUUUUAUUUUAGCUCAUACUGUAUAGGUAGUAGCUCUGUUUUGUAACAUCGCCUUCACAAUGUUGACAUUUUACUUAUUUGUUUUUUAACAAUGGCGACAAAUGGCUGAAACUCCAAUUCCCAGGAGAUCUUGCAGCCCCCCUCCGGCCCUCGUGUAUGAGCUCUCUCUCUGCAUGCAGUGGUGAGAAUGCAGAGUGUUUGGAGGCGGAGGAAAGGGAGUCAGUCGGCUCACAGAGGAGCUGUGUUGGGCAGCAGGAGGAGCCGAAGCGCAGCGACCGAAAAGGCAGAUACAGCGACUGAAAAAGAAAGACGCGAAAGCGGCACAAAUUCAACCGUUUGGACUUUGAAAUUGCACCGAAGAAUACAGUUACCGGAAGACAUUUAACAUAUGGACUAAAAGGAAGAGAUUGAGCUCCGAGGAACAGACACAUCCACAUCGACCAAUCCCCGUCCUAAAAACGACAGAAGGAAUCGGCAAAAAGGAGGAGGGUCAGAGCCAGUCGUUCAUGUGUUAUUGGAGAAAAUGACUCUGCACUGGCAGCCGCUCUUCAUGCUAAUGUAAUGGAAACAUGCUUUGGUCAUCCCCGUAACAUCUGAAAUGCAUCUGCGGGACUAUACCAUCAACUCCCAUGGCUAAUUGUAUCAAGUGGUGGCGGCUGCAGUUUGCCAGUAAAUGCACUCCAGAGCUGGGUGCCCUGCCAUGCCCUGCGCCAUGCUAAAACAGCAUGCUCAUAAUAACAAGGAGCACUCAGUUCAGCCAGUGGGAAAGCUUUGGAAAAAGUUGGUGGAAAAUCUAGGUCUUGAGAAUCAAUUUUGAUUCUCCUUUAUUUAUUUUUUCAAAUUUUGACCUAGAUAUUCUGAAGCACUGCUUCUGCAGCCAUCCACGGCUGUGCUGGUUCUUUUGCCUCCUCAUUCACUCCAGUCCUUUGGUCCUACAUAAAAAAAAACUGUGAAGUGCACCCUGCUUUAACCUAAGCAAAAUGGAUUUUGGAAUUUGAAGCAAGCUCUUGGUUGUGAGGUGAAAAUGUGAGGGGAGGAAGUAAGGCAAGGACCCCUAUGAAGUGGAGGAAUAGGCGGAAGCACAGUGCAAGAUCAAAAUGGCCCAAACCAGUUUGCUGCAGGGGAAGCGUUUUUACUGCCGGGAGUGGGUCUUCCAUAAGAUCCAGCAUUGCCUCCAGGAGAAAACAAACAACCUGAGCGGAGCGACCGGCACUCACAGCAAGCAGCAGCCGCUGGCACCCAGCGGGGGUGCGUCCACUCCCGGUAGCCUCACAGCAGGAUCCACUAAGUCAAGCAGCUCCUGGGGGGUGUUGCUGGUGGGAGGGCCAGGAAGUGGGAAAACUGCUCUGUGCACAGAGUUGUUAUGGCCCACAUCUGCACAAGGAACUCACCGGGGUCUGAACCAGCAAAGCUUGGCAUUCCACUUCUGCCGUGCAGACGACUCUGAUACGUUGUGUGUCAGUGGGUUUAUCAGGAGCCUGGUGGGUCAGAUCUGCCGCAGCGAGUUGGUGCCGGGAUAUGAGGAGAAGUUAAGGGACCCGGCUGUGCAGAGCACUUUGCAGCCCGGAGAGUGUGAGAGGAACCCAACAGAGGCGUUCAAGAGAUGUGUCCUCCUGCCACUCCUCAGCAUAAAGCCUCCUCAGCAGUCCCUCUUUCUUCUCGUGGACUCCAUCGACGAAGGCUGUCAGCUGGGUGAGGCGGAGCAGCGAUCUUCCCUCGCCUCCCCCAGGACCAUUGCUGAACUCCUGGCCAGUCAUCAUGAGUUUCUGCCUCCCUGGCUGCUGCUCAUCUGCUCUGCCAGACGACAGAACAAGGCUAUCACCAAACUGUUUACAGGAUUUCGCAAAAUCAGCCUUGAUGAUCUGCGUAAAGCCUACAUCGUCAAGGAUGUGCAACAGUACAUCCUUCAUAGACUGGAUCAAGAAGAGGCAUUGAGGCAGCAUCUGACCAAAGAGACAGCUGAGAUGCUUAAUCAACUUCACAUCAAAAGCAGUGGCUGCUUCCUCUACCUUGAGCGGGUGCUGGAUGGCGUGGUGGAGAACUUCAUCAUGCUUCGUGAAAUACGUGAUAUCCCCGGAACACUCAAUGGUCUCUACCUGUGGCUCUGCCAGAGACUAUUUGUCAGAAAACAGUUUGUCAAAGUUCAACCAAUUCUAAAUGUUAUCCUUGCAACCUGCAGACCACUCACAGUAAAAGAACUGUACCAUGCAGUCUGGACCAAAAACAUGACACUGACUAUGGAAGAGUUUCAAAAAAAGAUGGACAUUCUCUCCAAGUUGUUAGUCGAAGGCCUCGGGGGUACUAAAAUCCUCUUUCACUACAGUUUUGCAGAGUGGCUACUGGAUGUCAAGCAUUGUACACAAAAGUACUUGUGCAAUGCAGCGGAAGGUCACCGGAUGUUGGCCAUGAGUUACACCUGCAGGGCAAAGCAGCUUAAACCACUCGAAGUGCAAGAAUUUGCACUACACCUUGUUAAUUCCAAUCUGCAGAUUGAGCCUUUUAAUCUUGCUCUUUGGAUGGUUUGGAAUGGAACCCCUGCUAAAGACUCUCUCUCUACUUCCAUACCUAGAGAACAGGAAGUUCUCCAGCUUUUAGUAAAAGCUGGGGCGCAUGUCAAUAAUGAGGAUGACCAUGCUUCGUGUAUUGUACAACAGGCCUUAGAAAGAGAGGACUCAAUAAGAACAUUACUUGACAAUGGGGCAUCAGUAAACCAGUGUGACUCAAGUGGAAGAACUCUACUGUCCAAUGCUGCAUACAGUGGAAACCUUGACGUGGUUAACUUGCUCAUUUCAAGAGGGGCAAACAUGGAGCUCGAGGACAACCACGGACAAACAGCACUUACACUCGCUGCAAGACAGGGCCAUACCAAAGUGGUCAAUUGUCUAAUUGGGUGUGAGGCCAACAUAAACCACACAGAUCACGAUGGAUGGACAGCCCUUCGCUCAGCAGGUUGGGGUGGACAUUCAGAGGUUGUAUCUGCUCUGCUCUAUGCUGGUGCCAAAGUAGACUGUGCUGAUGCCGAUGGUAGAACCGCUUUAAGAGCUGCAGCUUGGGGAGGUCAUGAAGACAUAGUAUUGAACCUGCUUCAGCAUGGGGCUGAGGUCAACAAGGCAGACAAUGAAGGAAGAACAGCUCUCAUUGCUGCAGCAUAUAUGGGACACAGAGAGAUUGUGGAACACCUCCUAGACCAUGGAGCUGAAGUUAAUCAUGAAGAUGUAGAUGGAAGGACUGCCCUUUCCGUUGCUGCCCUUUGUGUUCCUGCAAGUAAAGGUCAUGCUUCUGUUGUGAGCCUUCUCAUUGACAGAGGGGCAGAAGUUGACCACUGUGACAAAGACUGUAUGACACCUCUCCUUGUGGCUGGCUAUGAAGGACAUGUUGAUGUUGUCGAUUUACUUUUGGAAGGUGGAGCUGAUGUGGAUCACACAGACAACAAUGGCCGUACCCCGCUUCUUGCAGCUGCAUCAAUGGGCCAUGCAUCAGUUGUCAACACGUUACUCUUCUGGGGCGCUGCUGUCGACAGCAUUGAUAGUGAGGGCAGGACGGUGCUUAGCAUUGCAUCUGCUCAGGGUAACGUAGAAGUGGUCAGAACUCUGCUGGACAGAGGCUUGGAUGAGAACCACAGGGACGAUGCAGGCUGGACCCCUCUACACAUGGCUUCAUUUGAGGGCCACCGCCAAGUGUGCGACGCACUUAUUGAGCAGGGUGCCCGUUGCACAGAGGUGGAUAACGAUGGGAGAAUACCGCUUAUACUGGCUGCACAGGAAGGACAUUAUGACUGUGUGCAAAUUCUUCUGGAGAACAAGUCCUGCAUUGACCAGAGAGGGUAUGAUGGUAGAAAUGCUCUCAGGGUGGCUGCACUAGAAGGCCAUAGAGACAUUGUUGAACUGCUGCUGAGCCACGGUGCAGACAUUGAUUACAAGGAUGCAGAUGGUCGACCAACACUUUACAUAUUGGCGCUUGAAAAUCAACUGGCAAUGACGGAAUAUUUCCUGGAAAAUGGAGCAAAUGUAGAGGCCUGUGACACUGAAGGCAGAACGGCCCUCCAUGUUUCCUGCUGGCUAGGGCACAUUGAAAUGGUGAGGCUCUUAAUUAACUAUCAUGCUGACGUGAAUGCCUGUGACAAUGAGAAACGAUCUGCCCUCCAGUCCGCAGCCUGGCAAGGCCACACAAAAGUGGUUCAGUAUCUAAUAGAGAAUGGCACACAUGUUGAUCACACCUGCAACCAGGGGGCAACAGCACUGGGCAUAGCUGCACAGGAGGGCCACAUUGAUGUUGUACAAAUACUUCUUGAAAAUGGUGCUGACCCCAACCAUGCUGACCAGUUUGGGCGCACUGCGAUGAGAGUGGCAGCGAAAGGUGGACACUCUAUGAUCAUCAAACUUUUAGAAAAGUAUGGGGCUUCAACUCUAAAUGGCUGUAACCCUUCCCCAGUGCACACCCUGGAAGAAAAAACACCUCUGGCUGUGACAGGUAAAAUGCAGUCACUUACGAUUAAAUCGAGCAGUUCUGGCAGCACGGGAGCUGGAGACAUGCAAUCAUCAGGACGCGGUGUGACAAAUGGACCCGUUCAUGCUUUCAGUUCACCAUCUGAGUCACCAGAUUCCACUGUAGAUAGACAGAAAUCCUCCUUGUCUAACAACUCUCUUAAGAGUUCAAAGAACUCAUCACUGAGAACAACAUCUUCUACAGCCACAGCUCAAACUGUGCCGAUAGACAGUUUUCAUGGCUUGACGUUCACGGAACAAAUUCAACAGCACUCACUGCCUCGUAGCCGGAGCAGACAGUCCAUAGUGUCACCCUCCUCCACAACUAAAUCCACCAGUCAGCAACCAUCAUCUCCAUCCAAUGAUUUUGACUGGUCUCAGUUAAAACCUGGUCUGAAAUCUUCAACUGGAAGUAGGUCUGGCAAUGGCACAUCAAACAGCAAAGGCGGCGAUAAGAAGAAAAACAAAAACAGUAGAUCAACACAAGGUCAGGUUUUGGAGUAUGAAAUGACACAGUUCGACAAGAGAAUCGCCUUCAACAAAUCUGUAGCAAACAUCUCGGUGAAGGAUCCCCACUGUAAGAUCAUGAUUGGCAGUUCAAUUCAGUAGGAGAGAGGCCAAAACCAGGAUCAGUUCUUUAUCCAGCAACAAAGCUGUGCUGAGAAGAAGCGAAAUGGCAUCAUGACCAACCCCAACUAUCACCUACAGGGUAAUCAGGUGUUCCUGAGUAGAGUGUCAGUUCCUAGGACUGUACAGAACAGAGGUCACGAGGAUGUUCUAGAGAGUUAUCCCAUUGGAGAUACAGAGCUUAGCCUUAAACAGGCCCUCAAACUGCAGAUUGAAGGCUCAGACCCUGGAUUUAACUACAAAAAGGAAACUCCAUUAUAGUUGGUAAGAUACCCGUCAAUGUGUGCAUCAAGCAUUUACAGAGGAAAUUACGGCUAGGGUCACAGUGUGUAGGUAAUUCUUCACUGACAGAGGCUAUUUCCAGAGACUAAUAGCAGACUAUUGGUUGUUACUGGAUUGCAUUCAACAGAGUUACAAAGUGGUUUUAAUCAGACGUGCAUGAAGAAUCAAUCUCUAUUUGUAGAAGCAGACCUGUCUCCCAAAAUAAACAUUAACCCCAGUCAUCCCUGUACCGUUGCAGAUGUCUUGAAUGCCAUUCGUCACAUAGACCAUUGCAAGGUUUGUGCCAAAGCAACUGUUUUCACCUGCAUUUUUCUUUCUUCUUUUUUUUGUCCAGCAGACCUAAAAAAUAAUAACCAAGAGAAAGAUUGUUAAUCGCUGCCUGAGGCUUUUGUGAACUGAAACUUCAACAUGCCUACAUCUGUUACAACAGCCCUCGCCAUUUAUUAAUGCAAACUAUCAUUUUUAAUUUAAUGUAAUGCUAUUUAAUAAACAGUGUAUGCACUUUUAAAAGAGUUAAGAUGACAGACAUGUUUUUUUAUUUGUAUCCCAUCCAUAUUGUGUCAUAACAAGUCAAAAGAAACAUUCAAUUCAUUCAUUUAUCAUUGUUUUAUGUUAUUUUUGUUUUGUCUGUUUAUUAUUAUUUUAACACUGACAGCAAUGUAAUACUGAGUACAUUGUCACAAACAAGAGGACAUAACAGUAACUGAUGUCAUGGUAUGAACCUAAUGCAUUUAUAGUCUGCCUUUCUAGAGACCCCAAAUAAUCUGUGUUAGCCUUGAUCAGUGUGCUAAACCUACAUUUGUGUAAUAUAUUGAUAGCAAUGGCAGUUAAUUUCAUGAAUAUAUUCAUGCAUAUUUAUUUUUAUUUUUGGAAGAAAAAGCCACUUUGCUGCAUUUUUUGUGUUGCAUUAGCUCUACCAUGGUGCUGUGUUCAGAAGUUACCUGCAAUUAUUUUUUUUAGUUGUCACUGUGCUUUUCUGUGUUAUAAAUCUUAAAGAGAGAUGCAGUGAUUCAUUGAAAAUUGAGUUUUAAAAUAUCAUUUUCAUCCCUAUGGGAUUGUUUUUGACGUGUGUGUUGUUUUUGUGUGCAUAAAAUAUAUUUUAAAAAACUCAUUGUGAACAGUUAACAUAAGUUUGGUGCUAAACACGUAAACUUAACGUGACUGCAGUGAUAUAAGAAAAGUAAAGGCAUCUGUCAAUUUGUCCAGGUUACAUCUGUUAUUUAACUGCACUGCAAAAAUAACUAAAUCCAGGCUUUGUUUUUUGUUCAACGUCAUGUGGUUCAUCUUUAGUGAUUCUUUUUUGUGUGUGUGAAUAUUUCAGGGGCACUGCACAAAAAUCAGCCUAAAAGAUGCGUUUCACCGAUUAAAAUUUUAGCCAUCAGUGAGGAGUGUUUUAAAUACAAAACUGUAAAAAGCCAAAGUUUAAAAAAAAGCACUAUCCACGCCCCGUCCCCACCAUUGUGGAGCUGAAAAACAGUUAAACAGAACUCCAGUCCCGGUGGGAGAAAGAGAGAAGGAGGUGCUCCAAUAUGGCACUGAGGGAACCCAAACAUCUGUUUCUCAUGAAUUCUGCAGAGCUGUGUUAGCGUUUACAGGCCGUGUCAUAUUUUUGCAGGCUUUUCAUACUGUUAACAGUGAGCUAUUUUUCACUCUGACCUGGGAUCAGUGGGGGGAGCAGAAAACCUAUCGCAUGCACAAACACUUGUAAGCCCUAGUGAAAGCUCUCAGCUCUAUAGUACUACAGUUGCUCAAAUGUAUGCCAUGAAGGGUCAACAAAAGGAUUCAAGGCUGGACGGAGUCUAGGAACAGUGUUGUUAUGAAGACAAAGCUGUAUAGUCUUUGUUAAGCAGUUACCUUGUUUGUCUGAACUGUGUUGUGUCUGUCAUCUUUGAUUUGACUGUCAGUGUGUGGAUUGUAAAUAGCUUCCCGUGUACAUUGACUUUCAGUUAAAAAACAAUAGAAUUCCUGUAUAAUAUGAAGUGGAAUUUUCCGAUGUAUAUUAAAGUGCUUAAUAAACAUAUUUGCUUUACUGCUGA